UGACAUCAGCUUCCAACUCCAGGGAUGUGCGCGUACACGGUGUGUGUGUAUGGGGCCAGGCGUGUGCACAGGGUGUGUGUACGGAGGGCAGAUACUUCUCAGAACUUGUUGCUAACUCUAAGACUUGUUCCCCUCCAGGGUCCAGUGACAUGCCUGGUGCUGGCGCCUCUUCAGUAAGGAAGGGACAAAGCCUAGGCUCCCUGUCAGCCUCUACUUCCAUGGAGUCAAAUAGGCAGCAGCAUGCCGUUCCGUUUCCAGAGAAUUCACCACAUCAGAGUCGCAGGCUCCUCCCGGGACAAUCUGUGGUCGGAUAUGUUGGGGGCUGAAGGGACUACUCAGGUGUCCUAUGAGGGUGGGUAUGCAGAAUACCCGGGAGGAAAGCAGGGAGAAGAUUUCAGGGGGACCCCAGAACUUUAGCGUCAAUGCUGUGCUGCUCUUUGUCUGUUUUUUGUUUGUUUGCUUGUUUUUUGUUUUCUUUUGUUUUUCUGAUCCACGGUCUGCCCAUUCUAUCCAGCUUUCUGUCCCCCAGAAAAAUCAAAGAGUGAUACUGGAGUGAUGCUCGGUCCAUUUGCCCUUGGGCAGAACCAGAGCAGCUUCUGUGAUAGGAGCCCUGACUUCGGCCCCAUCUUGGUAGAAGCUUUUGACCUCAUCUUUGUGCAGGGUUCCUUCCUGUCGUCCAAAUUUGAAUGCACCUUCUGUUCCUCCGGGGACUCAGUCAGAUGGUGUCAAGUACCCUUCUGUAUCCUGUAGGCCAUCCCCUGAAGUCAGGGUCUAUGUUUCUCCACCUCAGUAUGUAUCCCACCCCCUGCACAGUACUCAGGAUCUGACUCUGACACUUAGGGGGCACUUUCUACGUGUCAGUAAUCGCUACUUGCAUCAACUCCGUGAACCCCCAUGACGGUCCUGUGAUUAUUAUCCCCUUGGAGACGUAAGGGCGCAGCGCAUCACAGAGGUUGCAUAGCUUGCCCUGGGUCACACAGUCAGCACGUGGCAGGUCUGGGAUUCCAUCCCAGGCAUCGUGACUCCCUGAGUCAACAGUCUUAGGACUGCUUCUUGGCCCGCCUUUCCAUGUGUUGUUCUGGAGGUGAUGUUUCUUAGCCAGGGCACCAAAAGAACCUGCUUGCCAACUCAAGGGGCAGAAGGUGGAAUGCUGGUCACCAUGGUAACUGAAUCAACGGGCCGCACCAGCUGCUGAUCCCUUGGGGCAGAAGUUUCUGCUGCUGGCGCGAGGAGGCUGGGUUGGCAUGGGGCAGUGUCUGAGGCACCAGAUGCAGUGGGAGGAUCUGGAAGAGUACCAGGCUCUGACCUUCCUGACGAGAAAUGAGAUUCUGUGUAUCCACGACACCUUCCUGAAGCUCUGCCCCUCAGGCAAGCACUAUAAGGAGGCCACACUGACCAUGGAGCAGGUCAGCUCCCUUCCUGCUCUGAGGGUCAACCCUUUCAGAGACCGCAUCUGCAAGGUAUUCUCACACAACAACGUGUUCUCCUUUGAAGAUGUGCUGGGCAUGGCGUCGGUGUUCAGUGAGCAGGCCUGCCCCAGCCUGAAGAUUGAAUAUGCCUUUCGCAUCUAUGAUUUUAACGAGAAUGGCUUCAUUGACGAGGAAGAUCUCCAGAAAAUCGUGCUAAGAUUGCUGAACAGUGACGAUGUGUCGGAGGACCUGCUGAUGGAUGUCACGCACCAUGUCCUGAGCGAGUCAGAUCUGGACAAUGACAACAUGCUGUCCUUCUCCGAGUUCGAACACGCAAUGGCCAAAUCUCCAGAUUUCAUGAAUUCCUUUCGGAUCCAUUUCUGGGGAUGUUGAUAUGGAGGCAGUCUUCCGGUUCAGCAGCCUCAAGGGAGACCCCUGGAACCCACCUGCGCCCAGGCACAGUGAGAGUUGAUUGGAAGUAUGAUUUGUCUGUCGCUCCUUCACCUCUAGAAUACUGUUUACUAAAUAAAAACAAAUGUGUUUUCCUCA